AUGCUGGUGGUUCUGCUGACAGUGGUCCUGCUGCCCCUGAGCUCAGUUCAAAGCUCACGUGAAGACCAUGGCCACCAGAUUCAGCCUCUUCCUCCUCACCCUGAUCAUGGCAACCAGACACAGCCUCGUCCUCCUCAUCCAGACAUAGGCAACCAGACUCACCCUCGUCCUCCUCACCCUGACCAUGGCAACCAGACACAGCCUCGCCCUCCUCACCCUGACCAAGGCAACCAGACUCAGCCUCGCCCUCCUCACCCUGACCAUGGCAACCAGACACAGCCUCGCCCUCCUCACCCUGACCAAGGCAACCAGACUCAGCCUCGUCCUCCUCACCCUGACCAUGGCAACCAGACUCAGCCUCGUCCUCCUCACCCUGACCAAGGCAACCAGACACAGCCUCGUCCUCCUCGACCAGGUCAAGGCAAUCAUACUCACCCUCGUCCUCCUCACCCAGACCAUGGUAACCAGACUCAGCCUCGUCCUCCUCACCCUGACCAAGGCAACCAGACUCAGCCUCGUCCUCCUCCAGACCUAGGCAACCAGACUCAGCCUCGUCCUCCUCGACCAGGUCAAGGCAACCAGACUCAGCCUCGCCCUCCUCACCCUGACCAAGGCAACCAGACUCAGCCUCGCCCUCCUCACCCUGCAGGCAACCAGACUCAGCCUCGUCCUCCUCACCCUGACCAAGGCAACCAGACACAGCCUCGUCCUCCUCGACCAGGUCAAGGCAAUCAUACUCACCCUCGUCCUCCUCACCCAGACCAUGGUAACCAGACUCAGCCUCGUCCUCCUCACCCUGACCAAGGCAACCAGACUCAGCCUCGUCCUCCCCAUCCAGACCUAGGCAACCAGACUCAGCCUCGUCCUCCUCGACCAGGUCAAGGCAACCAGACUCAGCAUCCUCAUUCUCCUCACCCUGACCAUCAACGUACACCACAGCAAGAUGGAGGCAAUCAGUUAGGAUCUCAACCUCCUCCUCCUGCCUACUGA